CAAGAACUUGAAGGACUGGGCGACAUGCACACGCAUUGCAGCAGCACCAUUGGCGCCUCGCAAUUUGGCGUAGAUAAAGUUUGCACAGGUGCUGAUGGUGGUGGUACACGAGAAAGUCUCAGCUUCUUGAACAUCCUCUCAAGCCUUGCGUGUCCUGUCAGGCAGCGCGCAUGGAGUAGCUUGAGUUGCAGUCAGAAGGAUUUGUGAGUUGCAAGUUUGCGUGUCUGCAAGGGCCCGCGGUUUGGCUGCUACCGUCUGUGGACAGAAUGGAGUUGCUGCAGCUUUCAAGCUGGCCUUGGCUGUACCUAGUUGUUGGCUUCCAGACGGUGGUGUACGUUUUCGAGACGUAUCUCGACCUUCGACAGUUGCAGGCGCUCAAAAGGCCAAGCCUGCCGCCACAAUUGAAAGGAAUAGUUUCAGCAGAAAAGUUCGAGAAGUCCAAGGCAUAUCAGCUGGAUAAGAGCUACUUUGGCCUCCUACACUCGGCGGUUGGGCAGAUUGAGCAGACGGCAAUACUUCUGUUUGGUGUCCUCCCAUGGCUGUGGCUGAGAUCUGGAGACAUUCUGAGAGAGUACGGUUACAAACCAGAAGAACACGAGAUUCUCCAGUCUCUUCUGUUUCUGGCCAUCCAAUUUGUGUGGUCACAGGUCACCGACCUUCCAUGGUCAAUUUACUCGACGUUUGUCAUCGAGCAAGUGCAUGGAUUCAACAAGCAAACUCCGGCUCUCUUUGUGAAAGACCUUGUCAAGGGGUAUGCGCUGACGGCAAUCAUUGCGCCUCCUAUCAUUGCCGGAAUUAUCACAAUUGUGAAGGUCGGCGGGCCGUACCUGGCCGUGUACCUUUGGGCGUUCCUGCUGGUGCUGUCCCUGGUCAUGAUGGUCCUCUACCCGCUUGUCAUCGCGCCUCUCUUCAACACCUACACAACGCUGCCUGAAGGCACCCUGCGCACCGAGAUCGAGAAGCUGGCAGCGUCCCUCAGCUACCCCCUCAAGAAGCUCUUCGUUGUCAACGGAUCCAUUCGAUCGGGCCACAGCAACGCGUACCUGUACGGCUUUUUCAAGAACAAGCGGAUCGUCCUCUACGACACCCUGCUCGAGCAGUGCAAGAAGGACGAGGAGGUGGUUGCGGUCAUCGGCCACGAGCUGGGUCACUGGAAGCUGAACCACACAGUCUACACGUUCUUAGCUCAGCAGGUCAUCUGGCUGGUGUACAUGGGCGGCUUCCAAGCGAUCAAGGGCAGCAAGGUUCUCUACCAGAGCUUUGGCUUCGACUCGGAGGCCGUGCUGAUCGGCCUGCUGCUGUUUGGAUUCGUGAUUGGCCCCGUGAGCCACACGCUGUCGUUCGUGUUCAACAUCGUCAGCCGGACAUUCGAGUACCAAGCGGACGCCUUUGCGGUCCACCUGGGGUACGCAGAGCCGCUCAAAGUGGGGCUCAUCCGCUUGCAGGAAGAGAACCUGUCGGCCAUGAACCUGGACCCCUGGUAUUCCACAUACCAUUUCUCGCACCCGCCUCUGAUAGAUCGAUUAGGAGCCAUAAAUUCCCAAUCGAAGAAGCGGCUCUAGCCGACUUUCUGUUGAAUAAAAAGCUUCGUGCUAAUGCAACGGAACGUGAGCAGCUGGGUAAACGCAUAAAGGUUGGUCGGCAACUUGACAGUACCUACUGAUUGUAUGUAUAGCUAGCAUUUUAACCGGCCGCCCUGAAAAGUUGCCUCUUUAUGCGCAAACUACUAAAUCCUAUUGACAUGAAGCGGAGAGGCUUGUGCAGCAUGCCAUUGCUCACCCCGUGCCUCAUUGGUGA